GGGGCGGAGAGGAGAGAGAAGAGAAAGGGGCGGAGGUCACCCUCUUCCUCCAUCCCUCCCAGGCUGCGAGCGCCGCUAGGUGCUGAGGAUCCCAGGAAACGAGCACCACCGGCAGGUUCCGCCCAGGGGGAGCGGACGGCGGGGCCAGCAGGGAGACUUAGCCCGAGCCCGAGCCCGAGCCGGGAGCGAGCGGGAGCGCAGUGCUGCGCCCGGGAACCCGUGGCGAAGGGCGGCGGGCGCGCGAUGGCGCACGGAGCGGUGCGCUCUUCUGCUCCGCCGUGAGCCCUGCCGGCGACCGGGAUGCAAGAUGCCGGGACUACAAGCCUGCACUCUUCUCAGAGGGAGAUGACUUGAGCAGCCCGCGUUUAUCUCCACAACAAUGUCCAUGAACAAUUCCAAACAGCCAGUGUCUCCUGCAGCUGGGCUCCUUUCAAAUACAACUUGCCAGACGGAAAACAGGCUUUCUGUCUUUUUUUCAAUAAUCUUCAUGACGGUGGGGAUCUUAUCCAACAGCCUUGCCAUUGCUAUACUCAUGAAGGCCUAUCAGAGGUUUAGACAGAAGUCCAAGGCAUCGUUUCUGCUCUUGGCUAGUGGCCUGGUGAUCACAGACUUCUUCGGCCACCUCGUCAACGGAACGAUAGCAGUGUUUGUUUAUGCUUCUGAUAAAGACUGGAUCCGCUUUGACCAAUCAAACAUCCUGUGCAGUAUUUUUGGUAUCUCCAUGGUAUUUUCUGGCCUGUGCCCGCUUUUUCUGGGCAGUGUGAUGGCCAUUGAGCGAUGUAUCGGAGUCACCAAGCCAAUAUUUCAUUCCACAAAAAUCACAUCCAAGCACGUGAAAGUGAUGCUGAGCGGGGUGUGCUUGUUUGCCGUUUUCAUAGCUUUGCUGCCCAUCCUUGGGCAUCGAGACUAUCAAAUUCAAGCAUCGAGGACCUGGUGUUUCUACAAAACAGAACAUAUCCAAGACUGGGAAGAUAGGUUUUACCUUCUCCUUUUUUCUUUUCUGGGGCUCUUAGCCCUUGGGGUUUCAUUCUUGUGCAACGCCAUCACAGGAGUUACACUUUUAAGAGUGAAAUUUAAAAGUCAGCAGCACAGACAAGGCAGGUCUCAUCAUUUUGAAAUGAUCAUCCAGCUGCUGGCCAUCAUGUGUGUCUCCUGCAUCUGCUGGAGCCCGUUUCUGCUGACGAUGGCCAACAUUGGAAUAAAUGGAAAUCAUUCGAAGGAGACCUGUGAAACAACACUUUUUGCUCUUCGAAUGGCAACAUGGAAUCAAAUUUUAGAUCCGUGGGUGUAUAUUCUUCUGCGGAAGGCAGUCCUGAAGAAUCUCUACAAGCUUGCCCGACGCUGCUGUGGCGUGCAUGUCAUCAGCUUACAUAUGUGGGAGCUUAGCUCCAUUAAAAAUUCCUUAAAGGUUGCUGCGAUUUCUGAGUCACCGGUUGCAGAAAAAGUAAAUCAGCAAUCACCUAGUUUAAUAGGACAGCAAGUCAGUGUAGGUAUGGGACAAAAUUAAGAAACGUUUUGGCAAUAUUUUAAUUAAUUGGAUAACUUUUUAAAGCCUAACUGGAAUAUUCCGGCCUCAGCAAGUAGUUUGGGGGGCACUUAGGUCAGAUUCAGCUUUUGAAAUUUGUAAAAUUAGCUGUUUAAUUGCACAUUUUCACUUUGUUUUGUCAACUGCAGAUAAACACAAUGAAAUAAUGCCAUGGAAGUCAAAUUGAAAACAAUUUUGGGCUUACCUGGGUUAUUUCCUGCUUUUGGAAUGAGUGACUCUGUUGAGUCCUAAAGCAUUCACUUGGCCUGUUUGCCUAAGAGCAUCUUAAAACUACCUGCACCAUGAAAUGGCUAUUUGGGGUCCCUGCUCCGUAGCUGUUCCUUAUAGACUAGGCUUCAUGAAAUGAAGCCCUCUUGAUUUUUGAUCUGGCCUCAUCCUGUGACCUCAGCCAAUAUAGGCAUGGUCAUGUCACAUGGGAAUCACCGUGGCUUAUUAUAAUGACCUCUGUAUACACCAGGUGUGGCUGUCAGGUUGCCUGGUCUUGCGAGCCUGUUUAGAAUGUGUCUAUCUUUGUCAUAUUUGACAAAUGUGACUGCUAGCAUUGGUUAUUAUGAAGGCGAGUGGUUUUCUUGGUAAGUUGUAGAUUUGCCUGGUUUUCAAAUAAUCACCCUUUCCUCUGAAAAUAUUCCAGUGCAAAUAAAUAAUUUUUAGAGAAACAAAGGCUCUGUCUUAGCACAUAUGGAGGCGAUUUGCACUAUUGCAGUUCCUGAGAAGCUCUGCCAUGGAUCAUGCAAAUGGAACUUCAACCCAGUGGUAGGUGCAAAGAAGCUUGGCAAAGGCACUCUAUUCUGAGCUGUCAUUUCUGUGUCAGAGAACAAGAGAAGCACAAUCUAUAUAUAAAUAUACAAAGACAAUCUACAGGUAGUGUGUUUUUGCUUUCCACUUCUCUCUCUCUCUCUCUCUCUCUCUCUCUCUCUCUCUCUCUCUCUCUCUCACACACACACACACACACACACACACACACACCAAAGGACAUCAGAAAUUUCUGUUGAAAGCAGCUUCAUUAAAUCUGUAAGACAGAAUCUUCUAAAGCUGGAGCUACCAGUGUUAAAGGGAGGAUUGGCAAUCAGCCAGGCAUUUGGAGCUCAUUACAAUGGUUAACCAAGAGAUCAAAGGGUAAUAAUCUUUCCCCAAAUUUCUCAUGAAUACUUUAGACUUUUUCUUCACUUGUUUGUAUAAUUCAACCCAUGGAGUUUUAGUAAUCCUUCAAAAAGUCCUGGGUCCAUCAGACAUCAGAGCAUAGGCAGGUAGUUCUGCUUUAUCACAGAACUGUAAAAGAAUUCAUUGUCUUCAUUAACUGGGGUAUGUUUUAAAAUUAAUCUUUCCUGUGAUACUGAUUUCAGAUUCUCCAGGAAAUUUGUGCAGUUCAACUAGACUUAAAUUACAUUCACAGGUUUUUGCUUUUGAUUGGUAAUGUACAUUGGAAGUUAUUGUCUACUUUUGUGAAUUUUGGAAAAUUCUCAUGAAUAAGUUAAAAUAAAUUAAGCAAAUAGUCUCACUGAAGACUUAAAGGCAAGCAUUUUUUUUCCAGUGAAUUUAAAGGGAAACGCAUAUAUACACACUGACACAUAUAUUCUCAAUAUAAGAAUAGUAAAUGAUUAAUCAUACAAAUUUAGUUUAUUCUCAUUUAUAGAGCACACAGUAGAUGCUCGAUAAAUACUUGCCUAAUUAAAUCACAAGAAUUCUUGGUAUGAAAUAAGCAUGGAAUUGCAAAGAUUUUGUACAUUUUUAAUUUAAAUUGACAAUGACAUGUUUAUUGUGAGAUAUAUGUGCAUAUAUUUGUGUAUGUAUGUAUAUAUAUCUCCAGUGUAUAUGCUUUAAAAAAGCCAUUGCAAUUUAUGAUUGCUGUUAUAUUAUAUAAUGUUCUCUUGUGUUUCAAGAGGACUUAAAGCCCAGAAGACCUUUGAGAUGGUUCAGAGAUGAUAUCUAUUUCUUACAGCUGCUUAAGAGCGUGGGUGUACUGUGAACCGAGGCACAGGGAACCAAAGCUCCAUCCUUCUUCCUUAUGCUGGGUAGGAGGCUGCAGCGACCUGGGAGAGGUGUGAGGGAGAAACUCAUUCAGAGUUCCAGUCCUCUUUUUCUUGAGACUUCUUCUAAUUGCAUGGCAUAAUUGUUGUUCUAUUGCUGUGAUGCCACCCUGGCCACUGUGUAACUCUAUGGAGAAGAUUCUAGGACACGACCAUAUGUGGAAAUGCAUGAACAUGCAAGGUUUGGGAAGUGACAGGAGACUCACUCUGUGCAUAUCCAGGAAGGAUUACCUAUAUUAUUUGAGCACAGGUUCAGGAAAACUAAAGUGUUUUAUGAUGAUGCUAAAUCCAAGAAAUAGACACCAAAAAUUGGAAAUAAGUUUAGUAAAAGAAAAUACGUUUACAUUGUUUUAGGCUUCCACCCAAGGAAAUGAAGUGAAUACAACCAUGUGCAUAUCUGACUUCAGAAUUUUAUUCCUGUUAUUAUGCAUAUUUCAGUGUAGUUAGUAAUUUAUUGUAUUAUGAAUAAUAGAGUGAAGCAUUCACUAACUUUCAUAUAAAUGUUCAAAGCAGAAGCAUAUUUGUUCAGAUUACUAGACAUAAAUAGUACAAAUAAUGUUCAACCAGUUUACCAAUUUUGUCUUUUCAAGCCCUGUUUUAAAAUUCAUAAUUAGACCAGAGUAACUAUAUUUCCCUUGUCAUUGAGUAAAGUAGUAUCUAAGCAACUUAUACUAUUUGUCAUCUUAUUUCUGGGGAAUUAUAUUAUUAUGGGCAAAUGACUUGAAAGUGCCAAACUUUUCCUGAGGUUAAUGAAGUCUAAAAAAAUAAGACCAAAGAAAGAAAAAGAAAAAGAAUCCAAUAGAAAAUGGGUUUUUAUAAUUAUGUAUACAGAGCCAGAUAAUGCUGACUCAUAAUUAGCCAUAGAUGCAUCCCCAACACCAGACUUUUUACUGGUGGAUUUAACUCAGUGAUAGAAAUAUGCUUUUUGAUUUUUUUUUCUAAAGGCAGAAACUUGUUUCUACUUAUCUGUAUUGCAAAAGUGGAAGAUACUUUAAAUUUCACACACACACACACACACACACACACACACACAUCUAUGUAACAAAUGGUCUUGUUUGUCCAUUUUCAGACUUUAAAAAAACAUGCCUUAGUUGUGUGUCUAAUCUUAGAACCCAAGUAAGAGCACUUGUUUAAUACAUAGAGUGAACUUUCUGUAAAACUUGCUCGCUACACUCACCUGUAUUGUCAUCAUUGUUCCAAAUUAAUAAACUGCCUAAGGUCAAAUACAUAGAAUGUAAAUAUACGUUUUCUUACUUCUUCAUCUGGGUGUCAGGAUAUUUUACCAUCUAGUAAAUAAUGUUGGACUUCAACUUGUUACUGACAUAACUUAGAUGAAUGUCUUCUGUGAAUAGAUGUACUUUGUGCUCUUCAGACUUGUUGGAUUGUGUAAGGGAGUAGCUACUGAUAUGCAUAUUUUGAGGCUUGCAUUAGUGUGCCACUCAUAAUUUUCAUGUGUUGACCAGUUUAAAACUUCAAACAAAUUAUUUUAUAAUAAACUUGGACUGGUAUUUAUCAAGAGUGGUUAUUUUUUAGGAAAGUCAUAUAAAAGUUGGAACUCUUGAAACUAAACUCCCAUUUUUAUUUGCUAUGCCAGUGAUUUUCAACCAUUUUCAUCUCAUGGCACACAUAAACUAAUUACUAAAAUUCUGUGGCACACCAAAAACUAUUUUUUUUGCCUAUGUGACAAAAAAUAGGAAUAAUUUUGAUUCAUUCACA